GCGGCUGCGGCGCCGCUCGGAGCCGCGGGCGCGGCGGGCCCGACACCUGCCCGCCGGCGGGCGCGAUGUUUUCCCUCAGGCAGCCCAAGCCCACCUUCCGCUCCUACCUUCUGCCGCUGCCGCAGGCUGACGACCAUAUAGCUUCAGAACCCAGGAUUAAAAAACUGGAACCGGUACUUUUGCCAGGUGAAAUUGUGGUAAAUGAAGUCAAUUUUGUGAGAAAAUGUAUUGCAACAGAUACAAGUCAAUAUGACCUGUGGGGCAAAUUGGUUUGCACUAACUUCAAGAUUUCCUUUAUUACGGAUGACCCUAUGCCAUUGCAGAAAUUCCAUUAUAAAAACCUUCUUCUUGGUGAACAUGAUGUCCCGCUAACAUGCAUUGAGCAGAUUGUCACAGUGAAUGACACCAAGAGGAAGCAGAAGGUCCUUGGUCCUAAUCAAAAACUUAAAUUUAACCCAACAGAAUUAAUCAUUUAUUGCAAAGACUUCCGUAUUGUCAGAUUUCGCUUUGAUGAAGCAGGUCCUGAAAGUGCAAAAAAGGUGUGCCUUGCAAUAGCUCAUUAUUCUCAGCCAACAGAUCUCCAGCUCCUCUUUGCAUUUGAAUAUGUUGGGGAAAUGUAUCAUAAUCCAGCAAAGAAAGUGAAUGGAAUAGACCCAGGAGGUGGUGGUAGCAGUGCCAGUGGUCAGCAGACACCUUUGUUUGAAACGUACUCUGAUUGGGAUAGAGAAAUCAAAAGGACAGGUGCCUCAGAGUGGAGAGUUUGUUCAGUCAAUGAAGGUUAUAUGAUAUCUACUUGCCUUCCAGAAUACUUUGUGGUCCCAUCUUCCUUAGCAGAUCAAGACCUUAAGCUAUACUCUUACUCUUUUAUUGGGAGACGAAUGCCGUUAUGGUCCUGGAAUCACCCUAAUGGGAGUGCUCUUGUAAGAAUGGCCAACAUUAAAGAUGUACUGCAACAAAGAAGGAUUGAUCAAAGGAUUUGUAAUGCAAUAACUCGAAGCCAUCCCCAGAGAAGUGACGUUUACAAGUCUGAUUUGGACAAGUGUCUCCCCAGCAUCCAAGAAAUUCAAACUGCACAUAUCAAACUCAAACAGCUGUGUGUUAAUGAGCCUUUUGAAGAAACAGAAGAGAAGUGGCUGUCCUCACUGGAAAAUACUCAUUGGCUAGAGUAUAUCAGAUCAUUUCUUAAGCAUUCUGCUGAGCUUGUGUAUGUGAUGGAAUGUAAGCAUGUUUCCGUAAUUCUGCAAGAGGAAGAGGGACGGGACCUGAGCUGUCUUGCUGCUUCUCUCAUUCAAGUUAUGCUGGAUCCCUAUUUUCGAACAAUUGUUGGAUUUCAAAGCUUAAUACAAAAGGAAUGGGUCAUGGCAGGAUAUCAGUUUUUAGAUAGAUGUAAUCACUUAAAGAGAUCUGACAAAGAGUCUCCUUUGUUCUUGAUGUUUCUCGACUGCGUUUGGCAGCUGCUAGAACAAUACCCAGCAGCCUUCGAGUUUUCUGAAAUGUAUCUGACCAUAUUGUACGACAGUGCACGUAUCUCCUUGUUUGGCACUUUCCUUUUCAAUUGUCCCCAUCAAAGAGUAAAGGAAAGCACCGAAUUUGCCAUAAGCAAAAACAUCCAGCUGGGUGAUGAGAAAGGCCUCAGAUUUCCUUGUGUUUGGGACUGGUCUCUUCAGUUCACGAGCAGGGAUCGUCUGCUCUUUCACAACCCUUUGUAUAUUGGGAAGAGCGCACCGUGUGUACAAAAUGGAGCCAUCAAAACAUUCAAACGCUCAAAGAAAAACUAUAGCUCAACCUUGAGAGGUGUCCCCCCAGCAUUAAAGAAUGGAAUCAUCAGUGAGCAAGAGUUCCUUCCGCGAAGAAACUCUUUGAUACUAAAACUGAAACCAGAUUUUUUACAGCAAACAGAGAGUCAGAGUAACAGCAUGGAACAGUACUUCAGAGACUGGUUUGCAAAGCCUGUUGAUCUGCAUGGCGUAAUUCUACCCCAUAUCUCUGGAACACAAAUAAAACUGUGGAAACUGUGCUACUUCCGAUGGGUUCCCGAGGCCCAAAUUAAUCAUGGUGGCUUCAUCACUGCUUUCCAUAAAGUCUCUUUGCUGGCUGAUGAAGUAGACAUGUUAAACAGGAAUCUUCGACAAUACAAAAGCAACCCUUCUUUGCAAGUUAACUGCUCGGAACUGGAUCACAGCAGGAUGUACUUCAGAGCAAAUGGUUUAAAUGACUCUUCUGGGGCUCCAGACUUUCUCUCCUCCUCAUUCCCGUUUUCUCCAAUAGGGAACCUAUGCAGACGGAGCAUUCUGGGAACACCUUUAAGCAAAUUUUUAAGUGGUGCCAAAAUCUGGCUAUCCACUGAAACGCUUGCAAAUGAAGACUAAGAUGAUGUGAGGCUUUAAAGGUUUGGGGAGAAUAUAGCAGAUAAUGUUGUCUUUUCUAAGUUAACACUGCUAAAUGCGGCAUUGGAAGCUGUAAUAAUUUUAUAUACAAAUACUACGUAAGUUUUGCACAA